CGGAGCGGGGCGGGGCGGCGGCGGCGGCGGCGGCGGCGGCGGAGCCGGAGCCGGGGCCGUGGAGCCUGGAGUGACCAGAACGCAGCGCCGCCAGUCUGCUCGCCCGCCCUCUCCCCGUGGUGCGGCGGCCGGGAGGCGAGGAAUCUGAAACUUGCCAGCCCUUCAGAAUAUUGCAUGACACUACAUCAUGAGCGACAGUAAAUGUGACAGUCAGUUUUACAGUGUGCAAGUGGCAGACUCAACUUUCACUGUCCUAAAACGUUACCAGCAGCUGAAAUCGAUUGGCUCUGGUGCCCAAGGGAUUGUUUGUGCUGCAUUUGAUACAGUUCUUGGGAUAAAUGUUGCAGUCAAGAAACUAAGCCGUCCUUUUCAGAAUCAAACUCAUGCAAAGAGAGCUUAUCGUGAACUUGUCCUCUUAAAAUGUGUCAAUCACAAAAAUAUAAUUAGUUUGUUAAAUGUGUUUACACCACAAAAAACUCUAGAAGAAUUUCAAGAUGUGUAUUUGGUUAUGGAAUUAAUGGAUGCUAACUUAUGUCAGGUUAUUCACAUGGAGUUGGAUCAUGAAAGAAUGUCCUAUCUUCUUUACCAGAUGCUUUGUGGUAUUAAACAUCUGCAUUCAGCUGGUAUAAUUCAUAGAGAUUUGAAGCCUAGCAACAUUGUUGUGAAAUCAGACUGCACCCUGAAGAUCCUUGACUUUGGCCUGGCACGCACAGCGUGCACUAACUUUAUGAUGACUCCUUAUGUGGUGACACGGUACUACCGGGCACCUGAAGUCAUCCUGGGUAUGGGCUACAAAGAGAAUGUGGACAUCUGGUCUGUCGGGUGCAUCAUGGCAGAAAUGGUCCUCCAUAAAGUCCUGUUCCCAGGAAGAGACUAUAUCGAUCAGUGGAAUAAAGUUAUUGAGCAACUUGGAACACCAUCAGCAGAGUUCAUGAAGAAACUUCAGCCAACUGUGAGAAAUUAUGUAGAAAACAGACCAAAGUAUCCUGGAAUCAAAUUCGAAGAACUCUUUCCAGAUUGGAUAUUCCCAUCAGAAUCUGAACGAGACAAAAUAAAAACAAGUCAAGCCAGAGAUCUCUUAUCAAAAAUGUUAGUGAUUGAUCCUGACAAGCGAAUCUCUGUAGACGAAGCUCUGCGUCACCCAUACAUCACUGUUUGGUAUGAUCCUGCUGAAGCAGAAGCACCACCACCUCAAAUUUAUGAUGCCCAGCUGGAAGAAAGAGAACAUGCAAUUGAAGAAUGGAAAGAGCUAAUUUACAAAGAAGUCAUGGAUUGGGAAGAAAGAAGCAAGAAUGGUGUUGUAAAAGAUCAGACUUCAGCACAGAUGCAGCAGUAAGUAGCAACGCCACUCCUUCUCAGUCUUCAUCUAUCAAUGACAUUUCAUCCAUGUCCACUGAGCAGACACUGGCCUCAGACACAGACAGCAGUCUCGAUGCCUCGACGGGACCCCUUGAAGGUUGUCGAUGAUAAGUUAGAAAUAGUAAACCUGUCAUCACUGAAGGAACUCUCACCUCCAUGGGCCUGAAAUGCUUGGGAGUUGAUGGAACCAAACAGAAAAACUCCAUGUUCUGCAUGUAAGAAACACAAUGCCUUGCCCUACUCAGAUCUAAUAGGAUUGCCUGCUUAGAUUAUAAAAUGAGGCAGAAUAUGUCUGAAGAAAAAAAGUGCAAGCCACAUUUCUAGAGAUUUUGUUCAAGAUCAUUUCAGGUGAGCAGUUAGAAUAGGUGAAUUUGUUUAGAGUUGUAUGGUAAUAGUAGUGACAGUUUCUCAUCAUCUGUAACUGUUGAGAUAUAUGUGCAUGUUACCACAAAUGCUUGCUUGGACUUGCCCAUCUAGCACUUUGGAAAUCAGUAUUUAAAUGCCAAAUAAUUUUCCAGGUAGUGCUGCUUCUGAAGUUAUCUCUUAAUCCUCUUAAGUAAUUUGGUGUCUGUCCAGAAAAAGUUGAUUUAUGUUUAUUAAUCGUCCAUCAUGAUGUUAUUAUAUCUUACUCCCUUUUAUGUUAUGAUUUAUUCUCUUUUGUAUUUCAGAAGACAUAUAAUUAAAUCUAUUUAAUAAAUAAAAUAUAUAGCUUUUCCUAUAUUUGUGAUGUUUGGGCUGAGAAUUAUCACAGCUAAAACCAAGACACUUAUGUGGACACCUUGUUUUCUCUAAAUUGUCUUGUCUGGGAUGGUUGUAUAUUCAGCUUUACUGCAUGAUAAAAUUUUAAGUUUUGCUUAGUGCUGCUUGAAAUCCUAGCUACCUUAUCUCUUUUCCUCUUAGUCUUUUAGACUUAAUAUGAAUUUAAAAUGCUACCUAGAACUUCACCUUCUGUAUUAGGCACAUAAUUCUCCAUCUCAGUAAUAUGAUGGCAGAUAGAUUUCUGCAUUCAUGGCCUAACGUUGAAGUAGAAUUUUACAAAAUGGUCACUAGAGAUCACUGCAGUCAUAUCCUAAGUGCUUCCUUCGCCUUUACUUACCUUUCCUCAUUCAGUUUCCCUCUGCCAAUACCACGUUCUUGAUUUUCUUUCUUCAUUGGAAGAAGCAGAUAAAUUCCUCUUUGGUCUGUUUUCAGAUGCCAGGCAGAUUCAGACGCCUAUUUGCUAUAGUUGUUUUCCAUUGUUUGGGGGCAUUCCUUUUCCUAAGGGAAAUCCAUGAAUGUUCUGGGAAACUCUUCAGAGGAUAUGAAGGAAAUACCGCAAAGAGUAAUGAUUAAUUAUUGAAUAUUUUGUGACUUAAAACUGCUCACCUGAAAUUGAUACUUUACGAUAUGUAAAUUAUUCAAAAUGCAUUAAGAUACUGAGUAUGUAAGUGUCACUGCAGAAAUGGAGCUAUGAUGAUCACGUUUUGCCUACCUGUGCCCAUGUUUUUUCCCUUGAGCUUAUUUUGUUGCUGAUUCAUAUCUUGUGUUCAAUUAUUUUGAAAGCUUUUUGGUCAACAUUCUAUAGAAUGUGUCUGAGGAGGAACUGUGAUAAGGAAGUUUAUUCUAAAUAGUAUCUAAAAUAUAUGGUUCUCUCUGCACCAGUUAUGUCUUAUUGUUUGGUCAUAUCACUGGAAACUGGAACCCCUGAUUAGCAAAAUUAAUAUGAAAUAAGAAAUAGUUCUUUUAUAUUGUAUCAUUUAGACACUUUCAAAUACAAACCGGUAAUAAUAACUUGGAUUGAGAUGGAAACACAUAUUACAUGGCUAUCUAUCUAUCUAUAUAAACAUCUUAAAAUGGCCUUCUCUCUAAUACACAUUUUUUAAAAAGACUUUACUAAAUCUAUCUUUAAAAGGAAAAACAAAGGAAAGGGAGAGAUUUGAAAAUGCAGGAGCUGCCCUGCACUGGGGGACGAAGCACCUGCAGACUAGCUUUCUACUCACUCGCUCCUCUGGGCAUUCAUCAAGCCACUUGCCACGGAUGGAGCCUGUGACAGUGUGGACAGGGUUUCCUGGAAAAGCCCUCUUCCACCAGGUAGAGGUGAGUGUACCCAGGACAGGCCACAAGCUCCAUAGAAAUACCUCACCCCAGCUUCAUGGUUCUCCCUGCUGAGCCUAGAUUUGCCAGGGUCCUAAUGCCAUGCAAAUGGUUUCAAGCUGAUCUCUAUGGAUAAAUGCUGAUGUUGGUUAAAGAACUGAAAAAUGUGCUCAAGUUUUCAUCUUUUCUAUUUUAUUUUUGUAAUUUAUAUUGUACACAACCCAGGAAGUAACUAUUUUGGACAUGUAUUUUUAUAAACCAGGUAAUUUAUUAUUAUCCUGGAAUUUAGACUAGGUUUGUUUCAUUUGUUGCCUUAGUUUUCAGUCAAAAAGGAAGUGACUGUCUCCCCUAUGUCCGGGUCUUAAUUUCAAGUGCAAAGUCCAGAGAGCAGACAGAGUUACAUCUGAGCAGGACAGCAGUCUAGAAACACUGGCUGUGCACACUGUAUCAGCCAUGGGUCUGGAGAUGGAAACGGGGCUCUGCUUUUGUCUUUGGAAUGUGAAACACAGAGUCCUAGUAUUGAGAGAUGAAAGCCCUCUUGCAGGGCCCCUUGCCCAUACGGAGUCCGUGUCUGAAACACUGAGUGGGUGCUGCUUCAACCUGCAUUUAAUGCUGUGUAAGUCACGAUAACGACGUACAAGUCUGUCUGGUUGAUUUCUAAUGUAACUUCUCCGGUAUUUCCUACUGGUAAUAAAUACAAGUGUGACCUUUCAGGUUGCAUAUUUCAAAAGUAA